CCAGCACGUAGGCUGCCUCCCGGAAAGAAGGGGUGCUAUGGCCCUGGGUGUCCGGGAGGAUGGAGCUCUCUUGCAGACUGGUGAACUUGUUAGAUACAUCGACGAUCCCCGGGGACUGGGGCUGGCUCACAUACCCUGCGCAUGGGUGGGAUUCUAUCAAUGAAAUGGAUGAAUUUUUCAGCCCCAUCCACACCUAUCAGGUCUGUAAUGUCAUGACCCCGAACCAGAACAAUUGGCUGCGGACCAGUUGGGUCCAACGGGACGGUGCCCGACGGGUUUAUGCUGAGAUUAAGUUUACCCUGCGGGACUGUAACAGUAUGCCGGGGGUGCUGGGCACCUGUAAAGAGACCUUCAACCUCUAUUACCUGGAGUCUGACCGGGACCUGGGCAGUAGCACCCGCGAGAGCCAGUUUGUGAAGAUCGAUACCAUCGCAGCUGAUGAGAGCUUCACCAGUGUGGACCUGGGGGUCAGGCGGCUCAAGCUAAACACUGAGGUGCGGGGUGUGGGGCCCCUGAGCAAGCGGGGCUUUUACUUGGCUUUCCAGGAUAUAGGCGCCUGCAUCGCCAUCGUGUCCGUCAGGGUGUACUACAAGAAGUGCCCAGCCAUGGUGAGGAACCUGGCAUCCUUUUCCGAGGCGGUGACUGGAGCGGACUCCUCCUCCCUGGUGGAGGUGCGGGGCGAGUGUGUGGGGCACUCAGAGGAGAGAGACACCCCCAAGAUGUACUGCAGUGCAGAGGGGGAAUGGCUGGUGCCUAUUGGGAAGUGUGUUUGCAGUGCUGGCUUCGAAGAGCAGAGGGAUUCCUGCAAGGCCUGCGAGCUGGGCUUUUACAAGUCAGCCCCCGGCGACCAGCUGUGUGCCAAGUGCCCCCUGCACAGCCACUCGGAGAGCCGGGGUGCCCAGGUGUGCCGCUGCGACAGCAGCUACUACCGGGCAGCACAGGACCCUCCGUCGGCAGCCUGCACCCGCCCCCCCUCUACUCCCGUGAACCUGAUCUCCAGCGUGAACGGCACUUCGGUGACGCUGGAGUGGGGCCCGCCGCUGGACAAGGGAGGCCGAGCCGACAUCAUGUACAACGUGGUCUGCAGGCAUUGCCCGUGGGACCUGGGCCAGUGCGAGACGUGCAGCAACGGCAUCCGCUUCGUCCCUCAGCAGAUGAGCUUGGUGCAGGGGGGCCUCACCGUCACCAACCUCAUGGCCCACACGAACUACUCCUUCUGGGUGGAGGCCAUCAACGGGGUGUCCGACCUCAGCCUGGAGCCCAGGAGAUUCGCAGUGGCCAACAUCACUACGAACCAGGCAGCCCCCUCCCAGGUGAUGAUGAUCCGCCAGGAGAGCACGGGCCAGAACAGCGUCACGCUGCUAUGGCAAGAGCCCGACCAGCCAAAUGGCAUCAUCCUGGAAUACGAGAUCAAGUACUACGAGAAGGACAAGGAAAUGCAGAGCUAUUCUACAUUGAAAUCCAAAGGCACCAGUGCUACCGUCUCUGGUCUCAAGCCAGCGACCCGCUACAUUUUCCAGGUCCGGGCGCGAACUUCUGCCGGCUGUGGAAGAUUCAGCCAGAUCGUGGAGGUGGAGACUGGGAAACCAGUCGCUCUCCGGUACGACACCAUGACAAUCGUCUGGAUCUGUCUGACCCUGAUAACUGGCCUCGUGACGCUGCUGGUGGUUCUCAUCUGCAAGAAGAGGCACUGUGGUUACAGCAAAGCCUUCCAGGACUCGGAUGAGGAGAAGAUGCACUAUCAGAACGGCCAGGUGAAGUUCCCCGAGUCCAAGUUCUACGUGGACCCCCACACCUACGAGGACCCCUGCCAGGCCGUGCACGAAUUCACACGAGAGAUCGAGGCCUCCCGGAUUAAGAUCGAGAAGAUCAUCGGGUCUGGAGAGUCUGGGGAGGUCUGCUACGGGCGUCUGAAACUGCCAGGCAAGAGGGAGAUUCCCGUGGCCAUCAAAGCUCUAAAAGCCGGUUACACGGAGAAGCAGAGACGGGACUUCCUGAGCGAGGCCAGCAUCAUGGCGCAGUUCGACCACCCCAACGUCAUCCACCUGGAGGGUGUCGUGACGAGGAGCAAAUUGGUAAUGAUUGUGACCGAAUACAUGGAGAACGGCUCGCUGGAUUCCUUUCUCCGGAAACACGACGGACAGUUCAACAUCAUCCAGCUGGUGGGCAUACUGCGAGGCAUCGGUGCCGGCAUGAGAUACCUCGCUGACCUGGGCUAUGUGCACCGGGACCUGGCAGCGCGCAACAUCCUCGUGAACAGCAACCUGGUCUGCAAAGUGUCUGACUUCGGCCUGUCACGGAUCCUCGAGGAUGAUCCUGAUGCUGCCUACACGACUACGGGUGGAAAGAUCCCCAUUCGCUGGACAGCCCCCGAGGCCAUCACCUACCGCAAGUUUUCCUCCGCCAGCGACGUGUGGAGCUACGGCAUCGUCAUGUGGGAGGUGCUGGCCUACGGCGAGCGCCCGUACUGGAACAUGACCAACAGAGACGUCAUUAACUCUGUCGAAGAGGGCUACCGCCUGCCUGCUCCCAUGGGCUGCCCCACAGCCUUGCACCAGCUCAUGCUGGACUGCUGGCAGAAGGACCGCAGCGAGAGACCCCGCUUCUCGCAGAUCGUCAGCAUCCUGGACAAGCUCAUCCGCAACCCAGAGAACCUGAAAUGCACGGCUACGGUGAACCGCUUCACCCAGACGCCCUUCGACAGAGGCAUCUUUGACUUCACGCGCUGUGGGACAGUGGAGGACUGGCUGGAGUCCAUCAGGCUGGGGCGCUACCGGGAGAACUUCGCUAUGGCUGGGUACUCCUCCCUGGGGAUGGUGAUGCGAAUGGGCAUCGAGGACGUUCGCAGCCUGGGCAUCGCCCCCAUGGGCCACCAGAAGAAGAUCCUGAGCAGCAUCCAGCUCAUGCGGUCGCAGCUGCUGAACACGAACGGACGCAGGCGGGAUCUCUAGACCCGGAGCCCGGCCGCCGGCGUUGCUAAAGCACUUACACUGGCGGGAGGGCAGGGGAGCGGUGAGCACGGCCCGGCACUUCUGCAGCAAGAGGCAUCACGCUAGAGCCGCAGACUCACGUGACUUUCCUCAUCUUUCCUGGGAUCCAAGCUCCAGAGGAAGGUGGAAGUUUGCCGCUUCCUGCCCCUUCCUCCACUGUGCCCCUGCCGGGCUGGGGCUUGCGGCAUGGGCUGUAUAGGAAAGCUGCUCAGGCAGGCCAGUUAUGUGGCAGGGUGCUUCCCUGUGCCCUGCAGUGACUGAAAGCAAUAGCGGGAGCCACGGGCCAAACCUCUUCGGUGCAUAGCGACUCGCUGCAAGUGCACUGAGCUGAGCUGAGGCGAAGAAAGCCUUGCAUGCCUGGAGAUGCGGCUGGACGCUGGAGCCCUCCCCGGGCCGCCCCGGGACAAAGGAAGCUGGCCACCGCUGCCAACACCGCGUGAUUGUAUCCAGGGCUUCCAGCCUCCCCCUCAGCUCUGCCCGGCCUGAGCUCAGGGCGCCGUCUCCAGUGGCAUCAAACCACACCGGGGACUCAAGCUGACCACGCGUUACGGCACCGUGGGAAGCAGGAGAGGCCCCAAGAGACCCCAAAGCCAGCUAGACAGUGACCACUUCUUAAAUCCACCAGCAGUGAAACCUGAGGCCUGAGCAGGUGCCUCGAGCCCAGGGGAGAGCAUGUUUCUUGGGGCCACAAGCUCAGGGUUUCCCCAUUGCAACAGAGCAGCUUGCUCCUCUCCUGCUUGCAAACCCUGCAGCCAGUCGGGAACAGAGACCCGGCUCCCGCCGCGGCAGCACCCCUGUCUGCACGCAGCAGUGGUGUGUUGUCUUCAGGGCCAGACAGAUCCCUCUCAAACUCUAGUUUGUUCACCUAUGGACCUACAAAACCAAGAGCUUCCCACAGCUGACCUGCCUGCCUCCGAACAGGGCCCGGCUGGGUAUCCUUGGGUGCAGCUGUCCUGGGGAGAGUCCAGGAGCAGCAUCUCUCCUUGCAAUGCUCCCAGCUGCAAAUGCACAAUCCCUGCAGCCUGGGCAGAGGCUCUGCUCAGGGGUCCUCUCCAUCGCCGCACGCCAGGCUUUGUCCGGGGCUGUCAUGCCAGUGGGCUGUGACUGCUCCAGUUGAUCGGUAUGAGACCGAGAAGGCGCCCUCCCUUGCUGUGAGCCCGGUGUUCCCCGGGAGGAAGGAAGGAGGGGAUCCCUGCAGUGCUCCCCAGCGGGCGAGCAUCCCUAGUCGUGCGCUGAGGACAUGGGAAGACAACAGGCAAACGCACUGGAUCUGUCAGGGGCCCCGAGCUGAACACUGAAGCGGAAGCAAUAUAGAAAUGGACGGGGAAGGACAGCAGGCCCCCCGCUCCCAGUGUCUCUUGUGGGUGUAAAUAUGAUUUUUCUACCACGUUCAUAACUCUUUUAUUACUUUAGAUAAGCAAAAAUGGUCUCAAAGCACAGCAAACCAACCACGAGGCUGAACAAGCUGUACCGCCUCUUCUAGCAACAUGCGGCACGAGGCACGGAGAAACCCCUCUCCGCCGGGCAAGGGAGAAGCGCUGCGCACAACACAGCGGCUGCUUGGGUUUGAGCCCCCGGGCGGGUCAAAGGAAGGGCUAGAUUCUGGUUGUGGUGGUGGCAGAGUGAAUCCAGUGUCACCCUGUUCCUUUCCGUGGGGUUACUCUGCAUUCACACCAGGCUAAGUGACGCAGAAGCUGGCCCGAGCCCACCUUCUCCUGGCAGCACUAGUGACCUGGAGAGUGGCUGGAUGUCAGGGGAGGGGUUAAAGCCAUUUCCAGACUGCAAUAAUCCUUGCUAAACCGGCUCUUCCAGGGCAGGUUUAGCUUUCUAUACAGGGCAUACACACCUCAGUUCUCCCUAUGACUAUAGAUCAGGCACUCUCUUUCUAUUUCUUCCUAUGGAAGCUCUUUGUAACGAGGGACAGAUGCAAUGUGUUGUUUUAUUUAGCUUCCCCCUCCUCGGACCCCACGCGGCGAUCCCGGGGCCGUUUCGCAAGCAAACUGCGGUCAGGCCGUCAUUGGAGAUGUGCAGAGCAUCCGUCCUGCUGCCCACGGGAUCCCCCCAGGCUGGGCCUGGCUGGUCCUGCCAUCAGCUGCAGUACCAAGCAAGCCCGAGGGAAGGACACUGCUGCAUAGGCCCAGCUCGUCAGACUUGGGAGCUGGUGGGUGAGAUGCGGCUGCCAGAGGCACAAGCUUUGCUUGACUGCCUCUGGGACACAGGGUGUUGGUAGGUCCUGGCCCCUGGGAGUGGGGGGACUGGGUGGUCUCUGGUGCUGGCCGCCCCGAGGAAUAACGGGGGUGUCUCUGGGGGUUGUUGGAGGGGUGGGAAGCUGUCAGAUGAUGGUCCUUAGCGAGGACAGGGGUUGCUGGACGGUCCUUGUCUCCCCUUUUCCUUCCCUUUCUUUUCUGUUUGGAGUCUGCACCUUCUCCUGGACAAUAAAA